CAAUAAUACUUUUCAGGUUGUAUGAAAAUUGCACCGAGAACCACAAUCGGCAUCCAUUACCGCAGCCUUACUGUAGGGAGACGCUCGAGGUAUGAGACGCCUUGGUCUCACAGCAACAAACGCUUUGGCGGGUUGCGGCGUGCCAGCAGCUGCUAGUGCGCUGCCGACUAUCGCCGCGUGUGCGCCACGCUUGACCACCAUCCAUCGUACCGCGUCGACAUGCUCGUAUAACAGCUGGUGCCCAAACCGUCCGUGUUUAACGCAAGCGGCUGCUCCGUGCAAUGGCGUUCCACACAAACGAGGAGGGUUGCUCCGUGCAGCCGCAGCGGUUGUGCCUGCCGCCCUGGCAGCCACGGCAGCCCCCCACUCAACUUCAGCGCCCGUGCUGUGCGACCCCUCCGCCUACCAGAGCUUAAGCCUGCUGAUACUGCUGCAUGAAUGCGUCCGCCGAGUGUACGGCAGGCCGCUGCUAGAAGCCGGAGAGCUGCUGAGCCUGAGCACACAGCUGGACUCCCUGCCCUGCUGCGUGCUGCUGCUGGCGCCGCCACCGCCACCGCCAGUGCAAGCAUCUCCGCUGGUAGCGCCUGUAGGGGCCGCGCCGCCCAGCUCCGCUCCUGCCGCCGGUGCCUCCGCUCCUGCCUCCACCGUCUCUGCUGCUGAGUCGCCCUUCGGCAGCAUUGGGGAGGCAGCAGCAGGGCGGUUGGAGGGAGGAGUUGGCGGCAGCAGCAGCGGUAAGCCAUCUUUACGUGAUGACGGCAGGUCAGCUGCCGUUGACAUGCGGGCCACCGCUAGCGAUACAUCCACCAGUAGUAGCAGCGGCAGCGGGGAAGGCAGCAGCAGCAGCAGCGGUGGCGGCAUAGGACGUAACGGCGGGGGAAGCAGCAUGCGAGUGCAGUACAUGAACCGUGCGGCAGCAGAGGCGCUAAAAGCCUGCGGGGAAGGUUGCAAGAGCGGUGGUGAUGUCGGCAGCGGCGGUGGCGGUGGCGGUGGUAGCAGAAGCAGAGGCAGCCAGGGUGACGUACCUCGCAGCAUCAGCUGGCCGCUGUUUGCAGCGGAAGAGGACGGGGGCCGGGGUCUGGAGGCGGUGCUGAAGGAGCUGAUGGCUGCGCAGGGGCCGCCGCGGUCGGGGCAGCUGCGCCCCCUCACCUUGCGGACGGGUGCAGCGCGGCAGGGAAGCGGCAGCGGGGCCGUGCAGGGCAGCAUCACCUGUCCGGAGGCGCUGCUGCUGCCGCUCAUGUCGCCCAACGGUCGCUGUGCGGGUGUCGCGAUCCUAUUUGACCGCUGGGAGGUGCGCGGGACCCUCGCGGCACCCCCGCAGCCCCAACAGCAGCAGCAACCGCAGCCGCAGCAGCAGCAGGGCCUGUCAACUGCGCUGCUGGAGGGGCGGCCGCUGGUGCCCGAGGUGCCGUACGGCUCCCAGCCGGCCCCCGAGGCGGUGCUGGCGGCGCUGCGGGAGGCGGUGCGGGGGCAGGCGGACGCAGUGCGGGUGCUGAAGACGCAGCAGGGGCUUGCGAACACGGACCCACGGGUCACUUCCGCCGUGGCGCAACUGCAGCACCUCAAAGCGGAGCUCGAGCUGCAGCAGCGGCUGGCGGCGGCGUUCAGUGAGGGGAACCAGGGGGUGGUGCGGAGGCUGCUGGCAGGACCGGGACCGGAGGCGGUGGAGGAGGCUGAAGGGGCGCCGUCAAGGCAGUAGCAUUGGUAGAAAGGAGGAGCAUUGGGAGCUUUGUGGAACUUGCAGAGCUAAAUGUGGUUUGCGCUGCUCAUGAGAUCGGAGGGAUCGUCUUUGGCUAGCAGCCAUCAGUGAUGGUGCCGGUGCUGCGGGAUUAGUAACGCUACCAGGCGGUCCUGGAAUACACUUGCUCCGAUGCCCACCACCGAUCUACCGUAUUCGGUUCACAUGCGCCCCGAAGUAAGGCACCCACAAGGACCAGGACCCCAGACUUUGCACCGCGCCGUAAGACAGCAUCACGUUCCUACCUGCAUACAGCCGGGUACCAUGCAAGG